GCCUUCCGUCCCUUUCAGCAGACACACACAGAGGCAGCGGAGGGGAAUUGGGCCACAACGUCGCAUGGGCAACUCAGGGGCGAGCAUGGACUGGAGGCUACUGUGGCUCGCUCUGCUUUGGGCCUCGACCCUGCCAGGCACCCUGGCUGUGAACAUGGAGGAGCAGCUCAUCAACUACCUUUUUGAGGAGAAAGGCUACGACAAGAACCUGCGUCCCGUCGCGUCCAAGGACGAGAGCGUCACCAUCUAUCUGGCGCUGACCCUCUCCAACCUGGUGUCUCUGAAAGAGGCUGACGAAACCCUGACCACCAACGUCUGGAUUGAGCAUGGAUGGAAGGACUACCGUUUGACAUGGAACAAGACGGAAUUUGGGGGCAUCAAGGUGCUCCGCCUCCCACCAUCCAAGCUGUGGCUGCCACAAAUUGUCCUGGAGAACAACAUCGACGGUGGAUUUGAGAUCACCUACAGAGCCAACAUCCUGCUGUCCCAUGAUGGUUCGGUGUUCUGGCUGCCUCCCUCCAUCUUCUCCAGCGCCUGCCCCAUCAAUGUCAACUACUUCCCCUUUGACUGGCAGAACUGCACCUUGAAGUUCAACUCGCUGAUGUACGAUGCCAAUGAGCUCAAUAUGGAGCUCAUGACGAGAACAGACGACGAGACCCAGAAGGAUUACCUGGUCCAAUGGAUCAUCAUUGACCCGGAAGGCUUCACUGAGAAUGGGGAAUGGGAGAUCAUCCACAGGCCAGCCCGCAAGAACACCGACCCCAGCGUCCCUCGGCACAGCAACAAGCACCAGGACAUCACCUUCUACCUCAUCAUCAAGCGCAAGCCACUCUUCUACAUCAUCAACAUCGUCACCCCCUGCAUCCUGAUUGCCUUCAUGACCAUCCUGGUUUUCUACCUGCCAGCUGACAGCGGGGAGAAAGUGACCCUGGCUAUCUCCAUCCUGCUGGCUCAGUCCGUCUUCCUGCUGCUGAUCUCCCAGCGCCUGCCGGCGACCUCCUUUGCCAUCCCUCUCAUUGGCAAGUACCUGCUCUUUGUCAUGCUCGUCGUGACCGCAGUUGUGGUGGCCUGUGUCAUGGAACUGAACAUCCACUUCCGUACGCCAAGCACUCACAUCCUGUCCAACUGGACCAAAGAGUUCUUCCUCGAGACCCUCCCUCGCCUCUUGCACAUCUCGAAACCGUCCGAGAGCGAGCCGGAGCCUCGGGACGGGCUCCUGAUCCGCCGCCGCAGCUCCGUCGGUUACAUUGUCAAAGCCGAGGAGUAUUUCACCGUCAAGUCCCGCAGCGAGCUGAUGUUCGAGAAGCAGUCAGAGAGGCACGGCUUGCCCACCCGGAUCACGCCCGCAAGGCCAAACCCCCAUGGCAUGGACAGCACGCAGGAACAGCUCUACAACGAGAUCAAGCCGGCGGUCGCCGGGGCCAACUUCAUUGUCAAGCACACGCGAGACAAGAAUGACUACAACGAGGAGAAAGACAGCUGGAUCAGCAUAGCCCGCACGGUGGACCGCCUUUGCCUCUACAUAGUGACGCCUAUUCUGAGCCUCGGCACCUUAUGGAUCUUCUUGAUGGGGUCCUACAACCACCCUCCACCCUUGCCCUUUGAGGGGGAUCCUUUUGACUACAGUGAACAUAACAAGCAGUACAUCUAGAGUUGGGCAUCUUUGCUCCCUGAUUUCAAGGGUCAGGGCCUUGACUCCUGAACAUAAUCCAUCAUCCACCCCUCUUACCUAGGGAAUGGGAUUGGGGAUGGCGCGUGCACACACACACACUCACAUA